AUGUUCCUUCUGGAAAAUGAAUUUGAGAGGUUAAACAGCGUUAAUAUACCUUUUGGUCAAGAAAAUUAUAAAGCUGCUUUGUUAGAGGAAAAUGUAGCGAAAAACCGAUAUCCAAAUAUACUAGCAAGGGACUUUUUUCGUGCAUAUGUGCCUCAAACCACAAAUUCUACCGAUUAUAUCAACGCUGUCUUUGUUAAUGGUUACAAAAAGAAAGAUGUUGAGGGAUCAGAAGAGUUUGGUAAUCUUACAGUAAAUGUUGAAUCAAGCACUCGUGUUGGUGAUAUCAAUGUGCAGUCCUUCAUUAUAUCAAACAAAACGAAUCAUCGCAAAGUUAAUAAAUUGCAAUUAAAUUGGCCAAACCAUGAUAUUCCUGAUUGUAGUUCUUUGCUCACUUUAAUUGGUGAAGUUUUAAAGUCGCAUAUGGAGAUGGCACCAUAUUGUGAUGGUGCAAAUCGUAGUGGAACUUUCAUAGCGUGUAUGAAUGCAUUGGACCAACUGAAAGUUGAACAGCAUGCUGAUGUGUCUCAAACUGUACGAAGAAUGAGAUUAGCAAGACCUGAGUUUGUUGAAAACAUGCGACAGUAUCAGUUCAUUUACACCGUGUUGAAUAAGUACUUGGAUUCAUUUGCAACGUACUCCAACUUUAAUUAA